CAAGCCCUAACAAUAGAAAGGAACCAUUUAUGGAAAGUGAAAGUUCCACGCACUGACGGCGCAUCCAAUGUUGUAACAUUAGCAUGGCCACCACUCAGGAUCAGGAAGACGACGAAGACGAUAUUAAUCCCAUCACAAUGCUGUUUCCGGCUGAUGGACACCACCAUCCCAAUAAUGGAGUGUUGUUUCCGGCACGCGAAGUGGAAGAAACUUCAACCGACCAAUAUGACAUCUCUUCAAUCAAGUCAACCUUGCUCAUACGCCAGCUCCCUUCUCAAGGCCUUUCCUUUCAGCUCUGGCCGGCAGCCAGAACGCUUGUUUCCCUCCUCGACCUCUACCGCACUCACCCUACUCAUAGUCCUCUCGCCCCCAUUUUACCCGACGGACGGGAUCAUCGCCACCUCAGCAUACUAGAGCUUGGCUCUGGCACUGGCCUUGUUGGCAUAGCUGCCGCCGUUAUUCUCGGGGCUAACGUCACCCUCACUGACCUCCCUCAUGUCAUUCCCAACCUCCAAUUCAACGCCCACGCCAACGCCAAUUUGUUGUCCCUCCAAGGUGGGACCGCCCACGUGGCACCUCUUAGGUGGGGGGAAGCUGAUGACGUGAAUGUCAUUGAGCGGGAAUUUGAUCUUAUAUUGGCCUCUGAUGUUGUUUACCAUGAUCACCUUUAUGACCCUCUUCUCGAAACGCUGCGUUUGUUUCUGAAUUCAGGCAAGGAGAAGAAGAAGAUGACGUUUGUUAUGGCUCACUUAAGGAGGUGGAAGAAGGACUCGGUGUUUUUCAAGAAGGCAAAGAAAAUGUUUGAUGUUCAAACUAUACACGUGGAUCCUCCUUGCAAUGGGGCCAGGAUUGGUGUGGUUGUGUACUCUUUUUAUGGAAAGACAGAAAAAAAUAUGAAGAAUCCUUGUUAGUGAGUGUGGGGAAGGAUUUGUUUCAGAAAUUGAAUUGCGCUUGAGAAAGUACUUUUGUGUAACUUCAGUUUUCUAAAUGACAAUGAUGUGAUGGGGGUUUAUUUAAUUCAUUAAUUGUGAUUAACUUUUCAAUAUCUUUUUCAAUUUUACCAGAGCUAAUCAUUUUGCCAAAUGAAAUCUCUAUUGUGGGGUAUAGUGUCCUUAAACCUGGGAUGGAUAUGUUGAUGAGAGA